ACUGAAAAAAAAAACGUCCUGAUUGACGGGAACGUAGAUACUCUGACGUCACAUCCGCCGCGCGGUACUUGCCCCAAACUCCCGCCCGGAACUACAACAUUGUUGGACUCAAACUACUGUCUUUUUUGCUUAAUUGUGCGUUCGUUUUACGUCGUUUUUCUUUCCCACCAUGGCCGAGACAAACACACCGGAGCCCCAACGCGAUGACCUGAUUGCAAACGAGGAGGAUCUUGAAAAAGCUUUGUGCGUGUUGGCCGGAAGUGACCCAGAAAACUGCUCUUAUUCCCGGGGUUAUGUGAAGAGGCAGGCUGUGUUUGCAUGCAACACAUGCACCCCCAAUUCUGCAGAGCCUGCUGGCAUUUGCCUCGCCUGUGCCAACAAGUGCCAUGAUGGGCACGAUAUAUUUGAACUAUAUACCAAAAGGAAUUUUCGCUGUGAUUGUGGGAACAACAAAUUUAGGGAUUUCCAGUGUCAGCUCAUCCCGGCCAAAGAUAAUGAAAACACGAAAAACCUUUAUAGUCACAACUUCUCUGGCUGCUAUUGCACAUGUGACCGGCCGUAUCCAGAUCCAGAUGAUCAGGUCAACGAUGAGAUGAUACAGUGUGUCGUCUGCGAGGAUUGGUUUCACACUCGGCAUUUACAUUGCACAAUGGUGGAGCCUGAAGAGCUGCUGGAGAUGGUAUGUGAAGCUUGCAUGAACAAAGCUCCUUUCUUGUGGACGUAUGCCGCUCAGUUUGCAGUUGUGUCUGAGAAGGAUGAAGAGGUUGAUGUAGAAGGAGAAGUAAGACUCCAACACUCAAGUGCAAUUACCAAUGAAGAACCUUCCACCAGUCUUGAGUGCAAGAAACAGGAGGGAGCAGAAACCAGGAGAUUGCCUUAUAAAAGGAGCCGUGAUGAAAUGACGGAUAGCCCAGGAAAGAGCAAAACGACGGCUUGCAAGUUGAAGGAUCUCCAGGCCCAGAACGUGGAGCGACCUCGACGCGGUGCCGUGUUCUGGCCUUGCAGCUGGCGUUCUGAGCUGUGCACCUGCGUCAGCUGCAAGAGGGCUUACGUAGCUGCACAGGUGCACUUUCUAAUGGACGAGACCGACUCGGUUGUAGCUUACGAGAACAGGGGCCUGGACGAGCCGUUUGGGCAGCACCCGCUGAUGGCGGUGACGAGUUCAAUGACCAGAGUCCAGCAGCUAGAGUUCAUUUAUGGCUACAAAGAGCUGACAGCAGCAAUCACUGCAUUUUUUCACCAAUGUGCUGCAGAAAAAAAACUGCAACGAACUACAAGCCGCAGAUACUAUGGUGCGAAAUGAGAUAUUUAUAUGGUGGUUACUGCAGAAGCAGUACAUCAGCUUUUUGAAGAGCUGCAGGCUAGAAAAAGACGCAGAACCAAUGCAGGAUACCAGUGACCUAAGGAAGGGUGGCCACAGUACUGUCGCCAUCAUGUAGAUGUUGGAAUAAAACUGAAUUUGUCAUCUCCCCCCAAUAAAUAAAGGGGGUGUUUAUGCUGCAACCAAUGAAGAUGGAACAAAUAGUGGAAAACAUCACAUUUGUGGUGUAUGUUUCUGUUAAAGAUGCCUUAUGCCUAUCCUUGAAGCUGGAAAAAAAGGAGUAGUUGAUUUAAAAGACUAAUAGCUAUUUCAUGCAUGUGCAUUUCUGACCAAUUUUGUUUUAGCUAUGGAUGCUUGAAAGAAAGUGUUGGACACGUGAAGCUGCUUACGUGUUUACAUGGAGAGAGAUCUAUGUGCUGGAUGUAUUAGUAAUGAAUAAUGGGAGGUCGUUUCCUAAGAGACCCAUUAUUUGAUGCAGUCACAUCCACGGCUGAUGAGUCAACUUUUUUUUAGUCACGUUUACAAUUAAGUGAACCCAGAGUGGCUUCGAUUUGACAUUCAAGCGGUAACUUCCGUACCAUCUUAGUAUCAUAAACCCACACUGCACAGUAGAUAUUGCCAUAGAUAGCUUACUAAUACUAAAUGUACAGUACUGUAUUCUCUUACCUUCACCAGUGUACCUUUGUUCACAUCCUGCAAAAUUGUGUAUAGUUUGGGUUAAAAGUCAUACAACACUUGUAUGUAGUUAUAAAUCCUUAAGGUAAUACAAUAGCUUUACGAUAAAAUGCUGAUUACAGUUUUAAUGACGCGGAGAUCAGACCUAGGGGUCGACGGGCGUUGUUUAUUAAAAAAAGAGGCCAAAAAUCAAUUCAAUGUACAUUAGGUCAAGCUAAUUUGAUAAUAGUGUUGUAACAUUUCAUCUUUUUUCACAUUUUUAUUUCAGUGUUCACUUUACAUGCUGCGCGACAAUUAACAAGCUUAUAACAAUCUGCAAGUUUCAAAUAGGCCCGUGUACUUUCCGUUCAUUCUAUUUCCAAUUCUUAAGUGCAAAUCAAAAAACACAUGUUCUGGUCAUUUUUUCUAUUUUCAUUUGUGAAACAAAAGUUGGACAACUAUUUAAUGAGACUUUUUAAAAAACGACAAUAGGACUCCUGCUGAACAAAGAUGUUACCGUUAUGCUAAAAAUAUAGUAGAACUACUGCUUCCGGUUCAAUUUGUCAUCACGCAUAACCACGAUUUUAGUUUUUAUCUGGAAAAAUAAAAAUCCAUAAAAGGAAAACAGCACAAAAUCAAUUUUUAUGGCAAUAUUUUAAUGCAAAUCAACCCUUUUUUGUUUUACAAUCUGCCAUAUAUUAAAGUGCCCCUGAUAGUAACACACACAGUAGGUGUGGUGAAACUUUUCCUCUGCAUUUGACCCAUCUCCAUGUUCCACCCCCUGGGAGGUGAGGGGAGCAGUGAGCAGCUGCGGUGGCCAUGCUAGGGAAUCAUUUUGGUGAUUUAAGCCCCAAUUCAAACCCCUGAUGCAGAGUUGUAAUGGGUCCCGUUUUUAUAGUCUUUGGUAUGACCCAGCUGGGGUUUGAAAUCACGACCUACCGAUCUCAGGACGGACACUCUAACCAUAAGGCCACUGAGCAGGCUAAUAUAUAAUAAACAUUGUGUUUAUUAUUUGCGUUUCCGAAUUGGAAAUAAAAUGAAUGGAAGGUACACAGACCCAAAUAACCCUCAUUUACCAAUUAGAAUAUGAACGAGAAUGCGAACAAUAAAAACCUUACACUGGUGGCAUAUAAAGAAGUGGGAGCAAGCCGAUGUGAUGGAAUUUCGCACGACAAAAACAAUUCAACAUCAAGUUCAUUUCAUAAUAUCAAACAAGUUUAUUUUUGAGGAUGCCAAAGUAGACCACUGUUGCGAACUUUUUGAGGCGCCAGUAGAAAAAUAGAUCGGUGAAACUAAAUGGAACAUAUCAGUCAGUCUACAAACAUUGAUUCCUAAGAUAUCAUACAAGUACAAUAUACUUGCUAGAAUCCAACACAAGAGAUCAAAACAUCAGAUGAGUCAAUUAAAAACAAAGUGUGCUAAAUAACAUCUAUGCACACAAAAGGAGCUACAACUAUCAGAUGCAGGCUGGUAAGCUGGUAGAAAAGAGCUUGCAUAGACAUUAAAGUCUCCCAUAAAAAGCCAACUGCAAGCAGGGAAGGCACUGUCCUCUCUACAGCCAAGAGCAAAACAACCACUUUUUUUUCAGCGCAAAACCGUCCUGGAAAAUUGAACAACUACACAACAUGAACUGAGGAAUCUGAAGGUUUUUUUCUCGGUGAUUCUUGGAGAGCCACUGAAAAAAUACAUUCAGAUUCCAUUCACAUUCCUCUUUUA